ACGCCCCUUGGGGGGUGGGGGGAGGACUGGGCGGGAUCAGUGCCUGCGCCCCGAGAUCAGACCCGGCAGCCAGAGGCACCCUGAGCGGUCCCCGCAGGAGCCUGCAGCCGGGAACCCAAGACCGCAUCAUGUGGCUGGAAAUCCUCCUGGCCUCCGUGCUGGGCCUCGCCGUCUACUGGUUCGCCUCCCGGGACAAGGAGGAGACCCUGCCGCUCGGAGACGGGUGGUGGGGGCCCGGGGCCAGGCCCACGGCCCCCGAGGAUGAGAGCAUCCGGCCCUUCAAGGUGGAGACGUCGGACGAGGAGAUCAACGACCUGCACCGAAGGAUCGAGAAGGCCCGCCUGACCCCGCCCCUGGAGGACAGCCGCUUCCACUACGGCUUCAACGCCCACUACCUGCAGAAGGUCCUCGCCUACUGGCGGGACGGGUUCGACUGGAAGAAGCAGGUGGCCGUGCUCAACCGGUACCCGCACUUCAAGACGAGGAUCGAAGGGCUGGACAUCCACUUCAUCCACGUGAAGCCCCCGCGGCUGCCGGCCGGCCGCUCCGCCAAGCCCCUGCUGAUGGUGCACGGCUGGCCCGGCUGCUUCUUCGAGUUCUACAACGUCAUCCCGCUCCUGACGGACCCCAAGGCCCACGGCCUGGGCGGCGAGCACGUGUUCGAGGUCGUCUGCCCCUCCAUCCCCGGCUACGGCUUCUCCGAGGCCGCCUCCAAGAAGGGCCUGAACUCCGUGGCCACCGCCCGGAUCUUCUACAAACUGAUGCUGCGGCUGGGCUUCCGGGAAUUUUACGCCCAAGGCGGGGACUGGGGGUCCCUGAUCUGCACCAACAUUGCCCAGCUGGCGCCCAGCCACGUGAAGGGCCUGCACCUGAACAUGGCCUUCGUGCUGCGGGGCUUCCACGUCCUCACCCUGCUCCUGGGGCCGCGCUUCCGGAGGCUCUUCGGCUACACCGAGCGGGACGUGGAGCUCAUGUACCCGCUGAGGGAGAAGAUGUUCCACAGCCUCCUGCGGGAGAGCGGCUACAUGCACAUCCAGUGCACCAAGCCGGACACCGUGGGCUGCGCCCUCAAUGACUCCCCCGUGGGGCUGGCCGCCUACAUCCUAGAGAAGUUCUCCACCUGGACCAACUCCGACUUCCGGGACCUGGAGGACGGUGGCCUGGAGAGGAAGUUCUCCCUGGACAGCCUGCUGACCGUCAUCAUGAUCUACUGGACCACGGGCACCAUCACCUCCUCCCAGCGCUUCUACAAGGAGAACAUGGGGCGCAGCUUCCUGAGCGAGCCACACGAGCGGAUGAAGGUCCAGGUGCCCACCGGCUUCGCCGCCUUCCCGAGCGAGCUACUGCAUGUCCCCGAGAGGUGGGUCAAGUCCAAGUACCCGAAGCUCGUCUCCUACUCCUACAUGCCCCGCGGGGGCCACUUCGCCGCCUUCGAGGAGCCCGAGCUGCUGGCCCGCGACCUCGGCAAGUUCGUGGGGCGGGUGGAGGGCCCCUGAGCUGGGGGCGCCUGCCCUGCUCCGGCGAGGCCCCCCACCCCCCACCCCCGACCCACCCAGGGCCGCCCAGCGCCAGCCCCCCUCCGGGCGGCGGCCUCGGCCCGGACCCCACGCACACGCCUCCCCCACGGGCACCGCCGCCCCGCACACGCCUGCACACGCCUGCACACGGCUUUGAGAAUAAAGGAUUUUACUUGCACGUGCCCCCAUCUCCCUGGGGGUGUCCCCUUUCGGGCAGAGCUGGCAGGGCUGCAGCCUGGGCCGGGGGUGGGGGUGGGGGAAUGUCACCCCCCCUGGCCGAUGGGGGGGGCACAGGACGCCCUGGGGGGCACCAGGACUCCGCCCCGUCCCCUCUGCGCCCAGGCAGCUCAGAGCAGGGGCCGAGGGCCGAGGGCCGGUCGGAGUGGGGGGUGGGGGGCAGGGUGCCCCAGAUCCCACCUGGCCACCUGGCCAGGCGCCCACCCCCUCUGGGGAUGGAGACAGCCCCCCUGGCUCUGCCCACCGCGACCUGUGCCCACCUGUGACUCCGGCGCCCCCUGGAGGCAGUAGGAAGGCGGUGUCUCCAGCAAGAGCCCCAAAUGCUUGCUCAGCCCUGGGCUCCCUGGAGG